AUGAGAAAACUGGUCGAGCAUCUGAAGAACCUGCACAACAUCGACAGAGCCUUCAGCUGCGACGAGUGCGGCAAAACCUUCAGAAGUCCCAUGAACAUAGCUCGUCACAAGUUGAUCCACACAGGCUCGAAGAGGUUCGCCUGCGAUCUGUGCGACUACAGAUCAAACCAAAAGUCGAAUCUCGAGAGUCAUCGUCGGCGACACACCAAAGAUUACUCGUUCAGAUGCGGCCAGUGUCAGAAAGGAUUCUUCCUGAGGACGGAGUACGUGGAGCACGUGAACGUGCACACGAGAAAGGAGAUCUAUCGAUGCGACCACUGCACCAAAACCUAUCCGUACAAGAAGAACCUGACCCAUCACAUGAGGACCCAUCACGCGAACGUUUUACCGGCCGAGAUGAAAAGUGGCGCGAAACGGAAACACGUGUGCACGAUCUGUCUGGAAGCUUUCACGCGGAAACGAUUCUUGGAAACCCAUUUGAGGCAAUUGCACGGACUGCACGAGAAAAUGGGGCAUCUGUGCGAUCUUUGCGGCGCUAUGCUCUCCUCUGGCAGAAGGCUGAUGGUGCACAGGCGGCGUCACGUUAACGAGAAGAUCGCGAAAUGCGAUGUGUGCGACAAACAGUUCGCGAGCAAAGAGAACCUCAGUGUUCAUCGGCGGGUGCACACAGGGGAAAAACCGUACGGUUGUUCUCAGUGUGGAAGAAGAUUCGCACAGAGGACCUCUUUGAUCUUGCAUCUUAGCAACUGGAGCAACGAGCACGACGAGUUUAGCAGCUGCGAAGAUUUCAGAAUCAAGAACGAGGAUGUCCUUUUCGAUCCUGAGCAGAAAUUCGAGGGAAACGAGAAAGUCUGCGAUCUGUGCCAAGAAAAGUUUCACUUCGUAACCAGAUUAGUGGCACAUCUCAGGAUCGUCCACGGUAUUCAUAGACCCUUCAAGUGUGCCACUUGUGAAAAGACGUAUCCGCAACAAUUCAUGCUGAACGCUCACGUGAAAAAGUCCCAUACCCCAAAAACUAUACCGUGUAAUCAGUGCAGUUUCAUGGGGGUGAAUGCUACCGAUGUGGAAAGGCAUACGAAACGACACCAUCGAGUGGUGAAAUUCACAUGUGAAAUCUGCAGUGAAAACUUCGUGGACAAAGAUUCCUUGACGACUCAUACGACCAUGCACAACUUCAUGCAAUUUCAACAGUGCAAUGCUUGUGGCACGACUUUCAAUGACGUGUACAGUCUGAAGGAGCACAAUCGUCUCUAUCACUACGACCCAGCCGCAUUGAUUGAAGAGAAACUCGAAACAGACGAUCCCCAAACCGCAGAGCACAAAUGCGACGUUUGCGGCAAGGUUUACAAGUACAAAUCAGUUCUGAAGCAGCAUAAGGUGAAGGCUCACGGUGACAUGCCCAAUUACGAGAGGCGUAGAUAUUUAUGCGCACUUUGCGGCAAAGAGCUAAAAACAGCGAAAGGCCUCGAGAUACACAAUCGAUCGCACACCGGGGAAAAGCCUUACACCUGCGAGGUAUGCGGCAAGUGUUUCGCGUGCGAGACCCUCCUCAGGACUCACAAUGUCACGCACACAGGCGAGAGAAAGUACUCUUGCGACCAGUGUGGCAAAGCUUUCACGCAGAGAUCCACGUUGGUCGUUCACAAACGUUACCAUACUGGUGAACGGCCAUACGACGAGAGACGGAUGGAAGAAGAGAGUAGGCAGGGGCUUCCAAUAUGCGAUUGUUUCAGAUUGUCAGAACGUUUAAAAGUUAAGAAUUUCAGGUUGGAUGGUGAAAGAGUAUUCGAAGAUGGGUGA